GAAAUGAUUGGGGCAGGAAAUCUUACAGACAUCACCCAAUUCCUCCUCCUGGGAUUCUCAGAUUUCCCCAGGAUCCUAACGCUGCUCUUUGUUACAUUCCUGCUCAUCUACAUUGCCACUCUCACCUGGAACCUGUCUCUCAUUGUUCUAAUAAGGAUGGAUUCCCACCUCCACACACCCAUGUAUUUCUUCCUCAGUAACCUGUCCUUCAUAGAUCUCUGCUAUGUCACCUCCACAGUUCCCAAGAUGCUCUUUAACUUCUUCCAGGAGUGGCAGACCAUCAGCUACGUGGGUUGCAUUGUUCAGAACUUCUUCUUUUCAACCUUGGGCCUGAGUGAAUCUUGUCUCAUGACAGCCAUGGCUUAUGAUCGAUAUGCUGCCAUUUGCAAACCACUGCUCUACUCAUCCAUCAUGUCACCCACCCUCUGUGUUCACAUGGUGUUGGGAGCCUACAUGGCUGGACUCACUGCUUCUUUACUCCAGUUGUAUACUUUGCUUCAGCUCCACUUCUGUGGGCCAAAUGUCAUCAGGCACUUCUUCUGUGACAUGCCCCAACUGUUACAUCUUUCCUGUACUGACACUUUCUUUGUACAAGUACUGACUGCUAUACUAACAAUGGUGUUUGGGAUAGGAAAUGUCUCCGUUAUCAUCAUAUCCUAUGUCUCUAUUGUAGUGUCUAUCCUGAAGAUCACUUCCGCUAGAGGCAGGUCCAAGGCCUUCAACACCUGUGCUUCUCACCUGACAGCUGUUUCCCUCUUUUACACCUCCAGUAUCUUUGUCUAUCUGAGUUCCAGCUCUGGUGCUUCCUCUAGCUUUGAUAGAUUUGCAUCGGUAUUCUACACUGUGGUGAUUCCCAUGUUGAACCCCUUGAUUUACAGUCUGAGGAACAAGGAGAUCAAAGAUGCCAUUAAGAGAUUGCAGAAGAACGCUUGCUACUUUGGUCACCAAUUGUAA